AUGGACGGCGAGGGCGAUGGCGAGGCGGCAGGACGUCUCAAGGCGCUGCUGGCGCCCAAGGCGGCCAAUCCGCUCAAGUUGUCGUUCCACUCGCGGCUGCCGGAAGCCCGCUUCGAUGUGGUGUGUAUGGCGUACAACAGCCGGGAACAGCAUGUGGCCGUGGCCGAUACGGGUGUGCUGGCGCUGUAUGGCUACACGACCCGAUCGGGAGGAUGGCGUGGCGGGGCGGCACGGCGGGCUGAUCCGCUGGCCAAGCCCAUCGCCACCGUCCCCACUGAUGGCAGACUCGAGUUCCUCACAUACAUGCCACACGUCGGCAACGGCGUCUACGUCGGCGUUGUCAACUCGUCCGAUGUGGUGGUGUGGAAUGCGUCGCUCACCCGAUCGUCGCGGCUCGCCACCCACACCUCGCUCUCGGUCAUGGGCUUUGGCUGGCACCCGCACCGCGAUGAGCUUUUUGCCGGCUUCAACAUGGGCCUCUUUUGUGUCUGGCAUCUGGCUGUUCCGCAUCGCCACGUCCGCUCGGCCAAGCUCACGUCGUCGGAUCUGGGCGCCACGCUUACUCCGCUUGUCCACACGGAAAACGAGACCGAGUGGCUCGGUAAGCUUGUCCUCGAUCACGUCCACGCGCGAGUCCUCGGCGUCGAGUUUUCUCAUCUGGUGGUGCUCUCGUAUGACACCGGAGAGGUGCUCUUCCGUUUCUCCAAACUUCACGCGUCGACCAUCACCGCGCUGGCGUUUGAGCCGUUUGCCGGCGUUGUCUUUACCGUCGCUGCCGACUACGCCAUCCACGCCUGGUCCAUCAUCACUGGCGCCUGCCACCUCAAGGUGACUUGCACCGGACACACCCAUCCAGUAACGCACCUCGCGGUUGCAUCCGACGCACUUCUGCUCUCGACCGGCGACGACGGCCUCAUCGUUCUGUGGGACACGUCAGCCGGCGUCGAGCUCGCCCGCUUUGCCCUCGCCUACCCAGUCGGCUUUGAGGGCUACCGCGAUCCACCGCCACCGCAUGCCCGGUCGUGGGAUCCAAUUCGGCUUCGUGUUCCGGCGGUGCAGCUGCUGUUUCUCCCUGCCGACGUUGCACCGCCGCCGCUCGGGUUGGGCGCCAGCGUGCCAACCACGCCGACCAGCGCAGGUGAUCGGGAUAGAGGGGCGAGCUCGGCGGUUCUUGACCGAAAGUCGCGGUGCGAAGGCGCGUGUGUGCUGGCGCGGGCCGGGAACCAGGUGGCGAGUGUGUUGCUCCACCAAUCAGCUCUCCCAUUUCUCUCCAUCGCGGCACCGGUUGUUUCAGUCCAGCUCACGACGAUGCCUGCAGCCGGAUUUUCGUUUGCGGGCGAGACGCUGGUCUGCGACACCACGUCGACGCUCCACGUCUUUGACACCGAGUUCCGCAACCGGCGAGCGCGGUACCGGUACCUCGACUUUUCCGCCCUCUCCGAGGCUGUCCGCGGCAAGCUGACGGCGCUGAAGCGCGACGCGCGCGCGCACGCCAUCUCGGAAAUCUUGGCCGAUUCCUCGUAUACCGGAGCGACGUCGUCGAGUCAGGCCACCAUCGUCAAGUUUGAGUAUCUGGCCGCCUUUGACCGGUUCGCCUUUGGCUACUCAGACGGCACCGUUGAGCUGGUCCGACCAUCGUUCGAGUACUCGGCGUUUGAGGAUUCGGACCGCAUCCUUCCGCUGGGAACCGAUAGCCUGCUGCCGCUGGAGGAGACGCCGGUCUCACCGAUCACAACCUGGCAGCUUGUUCGAGUCUCGGCUGAUGUCUGCCCGCAGUGCUCGGUCAUGUGCGCACAGAUCGAUGUUGCGCGGGCUGCCAGCCGCCCGAUGGACUACCUCGAGGUGGCGAGCGAGCAAGUUGCUGGCUCUGCCUCGCUUGCAGACCUUGGCAUCAAGAAGCACGUCUCGCCGCAGGCCAGAGUCCGUGCUAGGGUGGAGGCCUUUGUGGCCGAGCAGGUUGCCGCUGACGAUGCCAAUGCUGCCGCUGCAGCCGCCGAGGCCAACCUCCGUGGGCGGCAGCCGAUCGAUGAUGUUGUUGCCGACGCUUUUGCCAAUCUACAGAGCUCGACCUCGCUGCUUGCGGUGGAACGCGCACGGGCGGCCAACGAGGACUCGGAGUUUGGCGCUCUCGAGCCGUCGAUCCAGGCCGACCUGUUGCAGCGGCGCGAGGUGCUGAUCAACGCACGGCGUGGCGGGUCUGCGCCCGAUUCGGCUGACCUUGACUCGACGACCCUCUUCGACCGGUACUGGCGGUACAGAGACGACGCCGAGGCUCUGCACCGCAAGCUCUUUCCGCCGCAUACGCACCCGUCGCCGCGGAUCCUCCCGUGGUACGUCUUUGCCAUUGCUUUUGGCGAUGGCACGUUUGGUGUGUGGUGCCCGCACUGCGGGUGCAAGCUCCGGGCCAGCCCUGCGCUUGCCUCGCGGCUUCCGAUCUGCUCCAUGUUUGUGCUUCCGGGCCGCGGGCCGGAGCCGGACUCACUGAUCUGUGUCGCGACGUCGGCCGAGCUCCUGUACGCUCCGCUCUCUGCCAUUGCCAGCCAGCCGCUGAGGCAAGUCGGCGUGGAGGUGAGCGAUACGCCCACGUCGGCGCUGAUGCUGACGACGGCCAUGGUGGUGAGUGCGGUGGCGGUGGCGCCGAGCCACGGCUUUCUCCUCCUCGGCUCGACCGUCGGACGGGUGUAUCCGAUGGCCUUGCUCCGGCAGCCAGGCUCGCACGAGACUAGCCCUCACAAGCUUUAUGGUGCGGAGCAGCUGACCCAGCUUACGGGUCAUACUGGGGCUGUCACCGCGUUGGAUCUAUGUUCGCGCGCGAGACACGCAGUCUCGAGCUCGGACGAUGGCACGCUGCGGGUGUGGGACCUAGACAAGCUCCUCUGCGUCCACGUUCUCGAUCUCGGCAUGCCGAUUACCUCGGUCGAGUACCUUAAUCGGUCCGAGGACGUCUUGGUUGCUGCCGAGCACGAGGUCCUUGUGCUGCGGGCUUCCCCGCAUGCGGCGUGCGUCGAGCUCGACGCCCAAAUCGCCAUCAUCGACAUGGCGUCGGCGCUCGAGUCGCGCAUCGAGUCGAUGAUCGGCUCGCCGGCAGUGGCCUCGGUUGAUCCAGACGACCCGACCAAGCUCAGCAUCCAGCUCGACGGGCAUCAACUGGCUGAGAUGGCAUACUCGUACAUGGACCCACAGAUGGAUGUCGACCUUUUGCACGCCGCACGGCACGCGCUCCGGUCAGGCAUGCGUGCCAAGUGGCGCCGCGCUCGCCUCCGCCUCCUGACCGUUAUCCGGCUCUGGCGCCGCUCUUCGUUUAUUCAGCGGGUACUUAGCAAGGCCGAAAACAACCCGCUUGUCGCCGAUGACGAGCGGAAGGAGCUGCGCCGGCUGCUGCGCUUCCACAGCGCCGGAAACCCGUCGCUAAUGAGCAUGGAGAGCAGCGGAGAAGAGCCGUCUCUUGCGGAGCUCAGCUCACCAUCGACGUCGAGCUCGAGCCUAGCGCCAGGCGGCUCGGCCAUCGACGGCUAUCUGAGUCGGGUGAGCCGGCCGCCUGCGGCAGCUAGCGCAGACUUUGUGGAUCGGGUGCUCGGCGCAGCGACAGCAGCGGACGAGGUUGGCGGGGCCGACGAGGCCUCGAUCGCCGAGUCCACGGCCGCACCGAGCCUCCGCGACCUCCUUGCAGCUCUUCCGUGAAGCGCAUCACUCCUCGGCGGCAGCGCGGACGCGGGCCGAGAGCGAGCGGAUGACCGGACGGAGGGUCCACGAGAUGAUGACGGCAAGCGGGAGGAGGAGGAUCCAGGCGGCGACGCCGGCCAGAAGCGAGCGCCAAAAGGCGGAGAGUGCAGAGAGGAGAUCGGUGGUAAAGGGCUCGAUGGCGAUGGGCAGAUGAUCGAGGCCAAAGGCCCACUCGCCGAGGCGGAUGAUAGGCACAAACGAGGCGAGGUUGAGCGGGGUGACAGCAA